AUGGACAACGCGCGAUCGAGGUGCGAGUGGUGCUUGCGGGCGUCCGCGGGCGGGGCGACGUGCGAAUCGUGCGCCGACGCGCGUCGAUUGGCGUACGGCGAUUUCGAAAAGACGCACGGGGUGGAUUUGAGCGAGCUCGAAGCGUACUGCGAAAAGAAUGGUGGUUUAAAAUUUCCUUUGAUCACCGCCAGAGCGGCGUCUAUGAUCGCCAGCGGAGCGUUGAACAAGAGCACGCUGGAAUGGUUGUGCGCGGCGAACGACGUGGAAACCAAUCCGCCCGCGCAGUGGCUCGAAGAGUGCGAUGUGUUGCGACGAGCAUUCGGCGACGCGGGGAAAGAUAUCAUCACACCCGCGUGGUACGCCGGAAUCACGUCCCGUCUUCAUUUAAACUCGUUCCGAGUGGAAAUUCCAGUCGACGCCGCGGCGUCGACGACGGAUUUCAAGGACGUCCUAUCCGCCGGAUUGGACGCCAUCACGCAAGGCACCGCGUCGGGUUCGGCGGUAUACAAGUACGUGUCCCUACUCAAUCACUCGUGCGCGCCCAACUGUCACACGCACUGGGAAAACGGCGAUUCGUCGCUCACGAUUCGCGCGCUUCGCGAAAUCGCUCCGGGCGAAGAGCUCACGAUAACGUACGUGGACGCCGAUUCUCCGCGCGACGCCAGACGCGCGCGUCUCGCGAAUUCCUACGCCUUCGAUUGCGCGUGUUCCCGCUGCGCGGCGGGCGAACAGCGCGCCGCGAAUAGUCUAGCCCACCCGUAG